AGGAAAUGAAGAAACCAUGUAUUGAGGCAGAUUUGGUCCUAACACUGAUACCUUUGCUGGAGAGCACAGACCAAGAGAUGCUGCUCCAUGCAGGGAGGGCCAUUGGCCGUAUCUGUUACGAUAAUCGCUGCCUUCAGGAAGAGCUGGUGAAGGUUGGAGUAAUCCCAUCACUGGUCCGAAUAUUAACUGACUAUGCAGAGAGUGAACCACUUGUCCACGUUGCUCUACUGGCCUUGUACAACCUGGCAGACCUUGAUUCAGCCAAGGAAGCUCUAAGCAUGACAAAAGUUGCUGAACAGCUGGUGAAACAACUGAGGAGAGCAGAGAACCAUGAGAGGUUAGAAAUUGUCUUUGAGGUCCUGCAAGCACUUGCAGAAAAUGAUGCCCUGAAAGUGCAGUUGGUGGAUGCAGGUGUGCCAGAGGCGCUGUCUGAGAUCCUGCUGAGGCUCCAAGGCAGCUCACAAGCUGAGGAUACCUGCAUUGUGAAGGCUGCAUCGGAUCUCAUCGUCUCUCUGCUUCUUGGAGAUGGCAACUGUCUGCGAAUGUUCCAGCUGGGAGUCAUUCACCAGCUCCUGGAUCUUCUGGAGAAACACAUCCAGAGCAGGGACACCUCAGUUCAGCAGGCUGCCCUCAGUGCACUGCAGAACCUCGCUAUUCCAGUGGUCAGCAAGGCUCAGGUGCUGGAGGAAGGCGUCGCAGAGCGGAUCGAGGCGCUCCUGAGGUCAGAGAGCCCUCCCGUGCAGCUCAGGCUCCUCGGAACGCUGCGCUCCUUAGCGGACGGACAAGCUGAUGCAGCUGAAAUCCUGGGCCAAGACCCCCAGCUGCUCGGCAGGCUGGUGCAGUGGUGCAGUGCGAGCGACCACAGCGGCAUCGGCGGAGAGGCAAACCGGCUGCUGGCAUCCAUCCUGCACCACAACCGCUCCCAGGAAGUGGUCAAAGCCAUCCAGGCAGCACAAGGAGUGAAGCAUCUGGUUUCCAUGACAACAAGUGAACAUGCUGCCAUGCAGAAUGAGGCUCUGAACGCCUUGGCAAUAGCAUCUGCCAUCGAUUUAGAAACCCUUGAAGAAUCUUUUAAGGAAUCACAGCUAGUUCAAAGCUUACACAAACUUCUACGAGAUGAUAAUACAAGUCCUGAGGUGAAACACAAUUCAAUGGGCCUUCUGUGCAGACUUCUUAAUUCAGGGGAUCUGAGACAAGAAAUAGAAGAGGACAAGAUCAAAGACACCCUUGAGCGACUCUGCAGUCACAGCAAUGCAAAUGUGGUCAGGGAAGCCAUCACAACACUACAGGUGUUGAGAGGAGAGACACCCCACUAACCUCCCUUCUCCCACAUGGCAAGCCAGCA